AAAGGCUGUCCUUCGUCGGCCGCCGUAGGCCGGAGGCGAGGCUGUGUUUAGGCGUCCUGAAAAGAAAAGCAUGCACAACUUAAGUGUAGCGGCUAGGAGACCGGAGGGAGAUCAAGAGGAAAUCAGGUCCUGGCAUCCCAGGAGCAAGAGAGGUCAAGUAAAGGACAAGGAGGAGGUUCCUGGCAUUGCAUAUGCAUCUUUCACCUGAGAAUUCUGAACAGAAAUUUAAGGCAGAUACAGAAGAGACUAAAGACAGAAUAUCCCCAUUACUGGGCAUUUCCCAAAACUGAAGAAAAUGACAAAGGCUCAGGGAUCACUGACACUGGAGGAUGUGGCCGUGGACUUCACAUGGGAGGAGUGGCAGCUCCUGACCCCCGAUCAGAAGGACCUGUACCAGGACGUGAUGCUGGAGAACUACAGCAACCUGGUGGCCGUGGGGCAUCAGGUUAGCAAACUGGGUGUACUGUCCAAGUUGGAACAAAGAGAACCACCACCGACUUUGGAAGAUGCAGUUCACAGUCACCCCCAUCCAGAAACUGAGAAAGUGGAAGAUUGUGUGCAGUGGCACUGCCAAAAGCAAAAUACGCUAAGGAGGAUAGAAGAGGGUUAUGAACAGAGUGUAUUUGAAAAUAUUACUCAUCAGAGCAAAAGGUCUUUUCCUUUAAGGCCAAAUUGUGAUAUAUUUGAUUUACAUGGGAAAACUCUGAAAUCAUAUUUAGGUAUGAUCAACCAGAGAAGAAGCUGUGACAAAAAGGAGCCUGCUGAAUUUAAUGGAGACAGGAGAUCCUUUCUCCAUGCUAACCAUGAGCAAACUCAUACUGAAAUUAAACAUCUACAAAUAAGCAAAACAGAAAAUGCUAAGGAAUGUACUGAAUGUGGAAAAGCCUUCCUCAAGAGGUCUCAGCUCAGUGAACAUAAGAGAAUUCACACUGGAAAGAAACCUCAUGGAUGUAGUGUGUGUGGGAAAACUUUCUCCAAGAAGUUCAAGCUCACUGAACAUCAGCGAACUCAUAAAGGAGAGAAAACCCAUGAGUGUGGUGAUUGUGGAAAAGCCUUCCUCAGGAAAUUUCAGCUUACUGAACAUCAGAAGACUCACACAGGAAAUAAACCCCAUGUAUGUAGUAUAUGUGGGAAAGCAUUCUAUAGAAAGUUCAAGCUAACUGAACACCAGAGAACUCAUACAGGGGAGAGACCCUAUGAAUGUACUGAAUGUGGCAAAGCCUUCUGCAGGAGGGCAGAGCUCAUUAUACAUCAAAGAAGCGAAAAAGGAGAAAAGCCCCAUGGAUGCAGUGUUUCUCCAGAAAAAUCACAGCUCAUUUUACAUCAGAAAAUUCACACUGGAGAGAAAUCUUACAUAUGCAGUGACUGUGGAAAAGGUUUCAUACAGAAGGGCAAUCUUACUAUACAUCGGCGAACUCACACUGGAGAGAAACCCUAUGGAUGCACUGAAUGUGGUAAGGCCUUCAACCAGAAGGCAUGCCUCAUAGCACAUCAGCGAUUUCAUACAGGAAGGACGCCCUUUGUAUGUACUGACUGUGGAAAAUCUUGUUUGCAGAAAUCAGGACUCAUUAAACAUCAGAGAAUUCACACAGGAGAGAAACCCUAUGCAUGCAGUGAGUGUGGGAAAGCCUUCACUACAAGGACAAUGCUCAUUGUGCAUCAAAACACCCACACAGGAGAGAGACCCAAUGGAUGCCAUGAGUGUGGGAAAGCCUUCUCUCACAUGUCAUGCCUGGUUAAACAUAAGAAGAUACACACAAGAGAGAAACAAGUAGAUUCAGUGAAGAUGGACUCUCCUUCCACAGCCGGUCACAGCUUAUUAGAUACUAGUGAACUCAUGCAGGGGAAAAAACUUGUUAACAUGAUGUCUGGACAAAUGCUUUAUGAUCCCUCAGACAUAUUAAACACCAGUAGGCUCCUAGCAGAUAGGAAUGUGGUCCUUACAGAAGAGCCAGUUGCCAGAUGUGCACCCUUAAGAGAUAACAGGGAGUUUGUGCAGGAAAGAAACCUUAUGAAUGCAGUGAAUGUGGUUAUGCCUUCAAUGGUCAAUUACAUCUUAUUUUACGUCACAAAAAACACAUAGGAAAAUACUGGUACCUUCUAUUUGGAAAAGCCUUGGGUAAUAAUGUACAGCUGAUUGUUUGGUUAUGUAUAAAUGGAAGGCUUUGUUUUGGAAGACAGACCAUCAGUGAUCACCAUAGGUCAUCAGUGAGCUUAUAGUUGGUAAAAAUAAAAUGAUAGUGGGAAAAUCCUUGCCCUCAAUAGGUUUCCUUACUGGAGAGAGACUGAGAAGGCAGUGAAUGUAGCAGGGUUUUCAGUGGUACAUUCUGCUCCAUCCACUGGCUGAUGAAAUCAUAUCCAAAUAAAACACUGUGAACACACUAA